GAAGAGAUGGGUGUGGUCUUCAAAGACUAUGUAUAGCAUCUCUUGAAGAUCCACACUCACUUUUCUCCAGAGUCCAGAGCUGUCUGGACUGGAGUUGGCUGCAUUGUGGAGACUUCGGGAAGUUUCUGCCAGGCAGAGGUGAACACCUAAAGCUGAACUGAAUCGUGCAGAGUUACUUACAGCAUAGGAGUAGAACAUUUCAUCAACUGUACCCAGUGAAACAUGGAUUCAGACACACUGCAGGCCUUCCAGAGUGAACUCACCUGCUCCAUCUGCAUGAACUGCUUCCUGGACCCCGUCACCAUAGACUGUGGGCACAGCUUCUGCCGUCCCUGUCUGAGCCUUUGCUGGGAAGAAGGCCAGACUCCAAGGAGCUGCCCUGAGUGCAGGGGAAUAGCAGAGAGGCCCGGUUUCCAAACCAAUAUUGUCCUCAAGAGGCUGGCUUCCCUUGCCAGACAGGCCAGAGCUAACUACGACCACAGCUCUGAGGAGCAGAUCUGUGUGACACACCAGGAAGCCAAAGGCCUCUUCUGUGAGGUUGACCAGACCCUGCUCUGUGGGCUCUGCUCUGAACGCCCCGAGCAUGCAGCUCACAGCCACAGUCUGAUACACAGGGCUGCUGAGGAGUCCCGGGAGAAACUUCUAAAGAGAAUGGGCUCUUUAUGGAAAAUCAGAGAAGAAAUGCAAAUCAUUCUGAACCAGGAAGCUAAAAAAACUAGGUCAUUUAAGGACUACGUGGCCUUAAGGAAGGAGAUGAUUACAGCUGAAUAUCAGAGGAUGCUUCUGUUGCUCCGGGAGGAGGAACAACUGCAUCUGGAGGCCCUGGAGCGAGAAGCCAAGGAGAUGUGUGAACAACUCGAGGAGAGUGUGUUCAGAAUGACUCAGUACAGAGCAAGUCUGAAAGAAAUGUACAGAGAGCUGACUGGGAUGUGCUGCAAGCCGGACAGGGAGCUGCUCCAGGUCUUGGCAAAUGUAUUGGAAAUGAUUGACUUGGCAGAGAUGCAGAAGCCUCAGCCAGUGAACCCAGAGCUCACUUGCUGGCCUGUCACUGGAAUCCUAGACACGCUGAACAACUUCAGAGUGGAUAACAUUCUGAGUCAGACAAUGACCAUUCACCAUAUGAGCCUUUCUGAGGAUGGCGAUGAUGCAAGUGUGAUGUUCAGAGAUGAGCACCACGGCGCGUCCAGACAGCCUCAGAUUGUGGAGAGUGUCGUGUCCUGGGGAGCUCGGGCCUUCACCUCCGGGAGGCAUUACUGGGAGCUGGAUGUGACGCACUCCUCCAGCUGGAUUCUGGGCAUCUGCAAAGAUAUCUUGAUAACCGAUACUAAUAUCAGUAUUUAUUCUGAAGAAGCAUGUGUUUUGUUUUCCAAGAAAGUGAGCAAUCAUUAUAGUCUCUUCACCAACACCCCACCCUACAUUCAGUAUGUGAAAAGGCCUCUGGGUAGGAUUGGGGUGUUUCUGGAUUAUGACAAUGGAACUGUGAGCUUCUAUGAUGUUUGCAGAGGAUCCCUCAUAUACAGUUUCCUUCCUUCCCCCUUUUCCUUCCCUCUGAAGCCUUUCCUUUGUCUUAGGUCUCCAUGAAUUGUCAAAUUCUGUGACCAUUAUUUUUACUUCUCCUCUGAGGUGUUCGCCAAAACCUCAUGUGAGACCACAGGAUAAUCCCUGACUAUCUCUGAGCACACUGUAAUUUAAUGAAGCAUUGUGACUGCCUGUUUAUAUAAAAUGACAUGACCAUGUUGAACAUAUAAGUUUGUUAAUUAAAUUUUCUUCUAAUAAAAAUUUAUUAUGGAGUAUUUCAUUAAAUAUAA